CGCCGCCCCCUCUUGGCCACUAGUGCUCUUUAUUGGUUGUCUGUGUCCACGCCCUGCAGCCAAUGGCCUGGCGCAGCCCACGCGUGUGCCUGUAUCCUAUUGGCUGAAAGUUACUGUGGGAAAGAAAGUUUGGGAAGUUUCACACGAGCCGUUCGCGUGCAGUCGGCGCUAUAUAAAGAGGGAGCCAAGGAAAGGGCAGCUCACUAGCACCUAGGGCAGCCAGCCAGGCAGGCAGAGCAGGACCUUGCAAACCGCUUUGCUGCUGGACACGGCUUCCUGACACUUUUUUACCCUUGGAUCUUUGCACUUGUUUUGUGAUCAAGAAAAAGAGAACUGUAAACCCGGGACAUUUGGUGAUUUGUUGGGAGACAUCAUCUUUGUGUUUGGAGAAGAUGCCAGCUGAUAUCAUGGAGAAAAACUCUUCUUCUCCUGUGGCUGCUACUCCAGCUAGUAUGAGCAGCACCCCGGAUAAACCCAAAACUGCUUCUGAGCACAGAAAGUCAUCCAAACCCAUCAUGGAGAAGAGAAGGAGAGCAAGAAUUAAUGAGAGCCUGAGCCAACUUAAAACUCUUAUCCUGGAUGCCUUGAAAAAAGAUAGCUCCAGGCAUUCGAAGCUAGAGAAGGCUGACAUUUUGGAGAUGACAGUGAAGCAUCUUCGGAACUUGCAGAGAGUCCAGAUGACUGCUGCCCUUAACACGGACCCCUCUGUCCUGGGGAAAUACAGAGCCGGAUUCAGCGAGUGCAUGAAUGAAGUUACCCGAUUCCUGUCCACUUGUGAAGGGGUCAACACAGACGUCCGGACCCGGCUCCUGGGACAUCUGGCCAACUGCAUGAACCAGAUCAAUGCCAUGAACUACCCAGCGCAACCCCAGAUCCCAGCUACAGCUGGAGCCCACCCUACCUUCGGACAGCCCUUGGUGCAGCUUCCAGGAGGAGCUCCUCAAAGCAGCCCGGCUCCCUUGGGUGGGGUUCCGUGCAAGAUGGGUGGUCCACCAGUGGAAGCUGGCAAGGUCUAUGGUGGCUUCCAGCUGGUGCCAGCUUCAGAUGGACAAUUUGCCUUUUUGAUCGCAAACCCAGCCUUCCCACACAACGGAUCUGUUAUCCCCGUGUACACUAACUCCAGUGUGGCAACCGGACUACCAGCUGCAGUGUCCCCCUCCAUGAUGCCCUCAGUGACUGCAGACUCCGUGUGGAGGCCCUGGUGAAAUGACUUGGACUUUGAAGGACUUUCUGCUAGGAAGCGUUUAUUAGUUCUCAAUAGUAUUUUGUAGAGAGUGAGGAUCUGCUCUUUCUGUAAAUGUGAGAUGUUCAUAUUGAAUGUAUUAUAAAAUAACAAUUUAUAUUUCGUUUUGUACACGAAAUCAUGUUUUUAUAUGAUGCCAAAGACAUGGAAUUAUGCUCUUAAACAUUUCUUCCUAUUUUGGAAGUAUUAUUUGUACUUAAUAAAACUGCACAUUGUAUUUUCUUGAA